AUGUCGUCACCACCACCAUACCAAACCCCAACCAACCCCCUCAAACGCCCUUCCAUCUCCUCGACCGCCUCUCUACCCACCGGAAAAAAGCAGCGCAUGCACCCUCUCCGGCAGACUUCAUUCCCAGCAAACCUCGAUGCUUCGGAGCGCAGCUUCGGCCCAACGAGCGAUGCAGGCAGCGUAACGGGUAGUUAUACUGGGAGUCUUGGUGGAACGAGCGCAGAUGGCGUUUUUUCUGCGGCGCGGUCUAAGAAGCGCGGGCGGAAGAGCAAGGCUGAUAAGGAGCGCGAGCGCGACCGUGAUGACGCUAUGAGUACAAAGACCGGUGAUGCGGGUCGAUUUGGCUCCGCGGAUGCGGAGGGCUCUGUACGGGGCGGCGGCGGCGGCGGCGGAGGCGGCGGUGGAAGAGGAGGUGAUGAUGGGGACGACGAAGACGACGAUGAUGACGAGGGAGAGCUUUUGGGUCGGGAGGAAGGAGCUACAGAUACGGAGGCUGAGAAGAAGAAUCUUGCGAUCCUCGUUGAUGCAUUCAAUCCUCUUCAGUCUGAAAGAUAUGAUUUAUUUAAGCGGGCGAAGCUGCGCAAAGAAUCUCUGCGUCGUAUCGUCAACCAUGCGCUCUCGCAAUCCGUCCCAGCUAGCGUGGUGACUACUGUCAAUGGUUUCACUAAGGUGUUCGCGGGUGAAAUGAUUGAAAAAGCGCGAACAGUUCAGGCUGAAUGGGCAGAUGCACAUGACUUAGCUGCCCGUACUGCCUUUGAUGCUGAAGAAGCCGCGGCCGAGAAAGCUGCACAGAUCAAAGCCGAAGCCCAUGCCCAUGCUGCUGCACAGUCGAAACCAGCUACGCCGACACCAUCAGGAACGCCUGUUCCGAUGAGCAAUGGGAUCAAGAAAGAAUCUCCUGACCCGUCACAAUCAAAACCUUCUCCUAAUCCUAUCAGCAACUUCAAGUCUACAUCAUCUCCUAUUCCUGGUCACUCCAGUUCUGCGGCACCCAGUCCGGUACCUAGGCGUCCGCGACGGGAAUUCCGCCCUCCACCUAACCCCCAUCGCGGACAGCUGAUGCCAGCGCACUUGCGUGAAGCAUUGCGACGAUCGAAGCGAGACGGCGAAGGGGGCGGUGUCGGUUUCUCUGGACUUAGUAUGGAUAAUCUAGGCGUGAAAGGUGCAUUUACAUGGAACUCUGGCAGUGUUGGCGGACGCAGACUAUUCCGCUAA